AUGGCACCUCCGUCAUUAUCCAGGGGCCUAAAAAGGAAACGGGGAGCCCCGGUAAGCAGUAAACCCAGAAAGGCGCGACCCGGCCCGUCAAAACUGCGAGGAGACGACGACUCCGACAUUGUCUCACAGGCAUCUCGCGAGGAAGACACCGGGUUCGGCUUGGAUGAUAUUGACCUCCGAAGACCAGAUGACGAGGAUGGCUCGAGUGGAGACGAAGACGAAAAUGAGACACCUGCUCAGAAGAGGCUGAGAUUGGCCACAUUGUAUCUGGAGAACGUCAAAAGUGAUCUAGCUGCCCAACAAGAAGGAACGUUUGAUGCUGCGGAGAUUGAUCGAGAGCUCAUUCAGGCACGUUUAAAACAAGAUGUGGUGCAACAGUCGGGGAAGCUGCAUGACCGAGUUGCCGAUCGAGUCAGCUCCGAACAAUCAUCCCUUCGUUUUCUCAAGGUUAGGGGACACCGAUUACCUGUGACCUCUGCCGUAGCGAGCCAAGAUGGCACCGCCCUUUUCACAGCCGGGAAGGAGGGUCAUAUCAUCAAAUGGGACCUACGCACGGGAAAACAAAUUGCCUUCUUCCCCAAGCAGCGACAGGAAAAGACCGAUGUGAAAGGGAAAGGAAAGGCGCGGAUUCCUAUUGGCGAAGAUGUGAACGGACAUGUGGAUGAGGUGCUGAGUUUAGCUUUGAGCGACGAUGGUCAUUAUCUUGCGAGUGGUGGGAGAGAUCGGAGGAUUGGGUUUUGGGAGGCGAAAGAGGGGCGGUGGUUGCGCGGUCUGGGUGGGCAUAAGGAUGCCAUCACAGGCGUCACGUUCCGUAAGGGUUCCUCCCAAUUGUACAGCGCUUCUCUGGACCGAACCGUCAAGUCCUGGGACGCAGCAGUGCUCGCGUACGUCGAGACCAUGUUCGGACACCAAGAUGGCAUUACGUCGAUCGAUGCUCUGCGGGCGGAGACGGCCGUCUCCUCCGGUGGUCGGGAUACAACAGUCCGAUUCUGGAAGAUUAUUGACGAGACGUACCUUGUUUUCCGAGGUGGGGGCCGGAGCAGACUGCGAGAGGUCCUCGAAGGCGGGAUGGAAGACGCAGAGCAGAGUGAGAAGGGGAAGGGGUCGUAUAUCGAGGGAAGCCUCGAAUGCGUGGCUAUGGUAGACGAGAGCACUUUCCUCAGCGGUGGGGAUAGCGGGACAAUCUCCCUCUGGAGCACAACAAAAAAGAAGCCCCUUUUCAAACAACCCCUUGCACACGGACUGAACGAGAUGCUCUCCUCUACCGAAGGCCCCCUGCGCACACCCCGAUGGAUUACCUCUCUCGCCUCGCUUCGUUAUUCAGACCUAUUCGCCUCUGGCUCGUGGGACGGGCGGAUAAGACUCUGGAAGAUAUCGGAGGACGUGCGCUCCUUUGCCCCUGUAGCGGAAGUACAGGCACCAGGGUUUGUCAACUCCCUACAGCUGCUCUCUCCUCCCUGGACGACGAUCCAAGAAGCGGAAUGGGCGCGGGAGGAGCAACCGGCAGGACAGGCAAGGGUGAACGGGGUGCCGAAGAAUGAUCAGAGACGGGCGAUCGUGCUCGUUGCUGCUCUGGGCCAGGAACCGAGGAUGGGAAGAUGGAUGAGGAUCAAGGGCCCCAAAGCGCAGAACGCGACGCUUGUCGUCCCCCUGCGUUUGACGGGAGUGAUCUCCCCUUGAUGGCAUUGGACGAC